AUGUCUACUCCUGCAUUAAAUGCUAACAAUACCUCUUCUCAUAGCAAUAGCAAUAGCAAUAAUAAUAAUAAUGACGGAUUUUCGGAGCUUGGUAAAGUAAUAGAAGACCAAUAUGUUUGGGGUUUUAUUUGCGUGGUUAUGAUUCUAUCCAAUUUAUUUCUCAUAUUUCUCAUUUAUUGGUAUCGUAAAUGUAGAACUAACCCUAAUAUUAUCAUUGGCAAUCCUAACAAAAUGCAAUAUGAAAGCAUAUAUUACUUGGUUUAUUUUAUUGUACUUUAUUUCGUUCCAUGUGGAGGAAUGAUUUUAUUUUACGGUAGAAUUUAUUGUCUCGCUCAUCAUCAUGCCAAACUAUUAACCACCUAUGAUCAAUGCAAGCAAUGGAUACAAAAUGUUCGAGCUGCAAAGACACUAUCUAUUCUGGUUGGAAUUUAUAUCGCAUGUUGGACACCAUUUGUUACGAUAUUUCUUGUUGUACGCUAUAAAGUACCUCCUAACUGGACAUUAGAGGAAAUUAUGAAAGUUAUCAAGAUCUUGCGUUACAUUGCAUUCAGUAAUCCUGCUAUUAAUGCUUUCCUCUAUGGCUACUUUAAUCAAGUACUACGCCAGCAUACAGUCCAAACAAUAAAAAAUCAACUAUGCUGUGAGACGAAAUAUUCAAGUAAUAAUCAAUAUCCAAACUCUGGUAGUUUUCCAACGAUUCCAAAAACGCUGAAUAAUAACAAAAUUCGAAAUUGUAAACUUGGAUACAAUGUAGAUACAAAAUUAUUUCAAAAAGAUCAUACUUAUCCCGAACAAUUCUAUUUCAAGUCAACUCGUUUUUAA